CGCCUCGCCUCGCCCUGCCCUGGCGGGCGCUCGCCCGCAGCCGCUGCAUCUCGCCGGGGAGAGUUGGCCAAGCGCGGUGAGAGGCUGGGGAAGGCUGCAGGAUGCGUCUGGAGGAUGAUUCCCGUGACCGAGUUUCGCCAGUUUUCAGAGGCAGCAGCCAGCGUUCAGAGUGCUGAAGCCCGGUGGGAUGUGUUCACAGACUAUCUCUCCGUCGCCAUGAUGAUCGGUGUGUUUGGGUGCACGCUGCAGGUCAUGCAAGACAAGAUAAUAUGCCUUCCAAAACGAGUACAGCCUUGCCAGAACCAAUCUAAUAGUUCAAAUGUGUUUAGUGCAAUCCCAGAUACAACCCCUCUUCCUCCACCCAAGCCAUCCACUCCUCCAGCUACAGUUGAAAUGAAAGGGCUGAAGACUGAUUUGGACCUUCAGCAAUACAGCUUUAUAAAUCAGGUGUGCUAUGAACGUGCCCUACACUGGUAUGCCAAGUACUUCCCUUACCUUGUCCUUAUACACACGCUGGUCUUCAUGCUGUGUAGUAACUUUUGGUUCAAAUUCCCUGGGUCGAGCUCCAAAAUUGAACACUUCAUUUCAAUACUUGGGAAAUGUUUUGAUUCUCCCUGGACAACAAGAGCCUUAUCCGAAGUAUCAGGUGAAGACUCUGAAGAGAAGGAUAACAGGAAGAACAACAUAAAUAAGUCUAAUACUGUCCAGCCAAGCGCUGAAGGCACUUUGGUCAAGACACAGUCUUUAAAAUCAAUCCCUGAGAAGCUGGUUGUGGAUAAGGGAACGCCUGGGGCAUUAGACAAGAAAGAAGGUGAACAGGCCAAAGCACUGUUUGAAAAGGUGAAGAAAUUUAGACUGCAUGUUGAGGAGGGUGAUAUACUCUAUGUCAUGUAUGUUCGCCAGACUGUGCUUAGGUAAUUAUUCCUUAUUAUUAUUGCAUACAACACAGCACUCGUCUCAGAAGAAUUUACAGUAGUCUGUAAUGUUGAUAUAGAAGACAUGACAGGAUACAAGAAUUUUUGCUGUAAUCACACGAUGGCACAUCUGUUCUCUAAACUCUCCUACUGCUACCUGUGCUUUGUAAGCAUCUAUGGCCUCACAUGCCUUUAUACUUUAUACUGGUUGUUCUAUCGCUCGCUGAAAGAAUAUUCCUUUGAAUAUGUUCGGCAAGAGACAGGAAUUGAUGAUAUCCCAGAUGUCAAGAACGACUUUGCUUUUAUGCUUCAUAUGAUAGAUCAAUAUGAUCCUCUCUUCAAGAGGUUUGCUGUCUUCCUGUCUGAAGUCAGUGAAAAUAAGCUGAAACAGCUGAACUUGAACAAUGAGUGGACUGCGGAUAAACUAAGACAGCGGUUACAGAUGAACUCCCAUAGCCAUUUGGAGCUACAGCUUUUCAUGCUCUCUGGACUACCAGACACCGUUUUUGAAAUCACUGAGCUGCUCUUGAAGCUAGAAAUUAUUAACAAUGUAAUGAUACCAGCGACCAUUGCACAGCUGGACAAUCUCCAGGAGCUCUCAUUGCACCAAUGUUCUGUGAAGAUCCACAGCGCUGCCUUGGCGUUUCUGAAGGAGAAUCUCAAGAUCUUGAGCGUCAAGUUUGAUGACAUCAGAGAACUUCCCCCAUGGAUGUAUGGCCUCAGAAAUUUGGAAGAACUGUUAAUUGGCUCCCUAAGUCACGAUAUUUCCAAAACAUUCGUUGGAGUCUUUCGGGAACUUAAAAGCCUUAAAGUUCUUUACAUAAAAAGUAAUUUGUCUAAAAUCCCACAAUCUGCUGUCGAUGUUUCAAGUCACCUUCAAAAAUUGUGCAUCCAUAAUGAUGGCACUAAGCUAGUGAUGCUCAACAACCUGAAGAAGAUGGUCAACUUGACACAGCUGGAAUUGGUUCACUGUGAUUUGGAACGCAUACCUCACGCAGUCUUCAGCCUUCUCAGUCUUCAGGAAUUGGAUUUAAAGGAAACAACCUCAAAUCAAUUAGAAAUAGUAAGUUUUCAACAUCUGAGAAAACUGACAAUCCUAAAGCUGUGGUACAACAGUAUAACAUACAUCCCGGAGCAUAUAAAGAAACUCACUAGUCUCGAACGGCUUUCCUUCAGCCAUAACAAAAUAGAGGUUCUUCCAUCCCACCUAUUCCUAUGCAACAUCAGAUAUUUGGAUUUGUCUUACAAUGACAUUCGCUUUAUCCCACCUGAAAUAGGAGUUCUUCAGAGUUUACAGUACUUUUCCAUUACUUGCAACAAAGUGGAGAGUGUGCCAGAUGAACUAUACUUUUGCAAAAACUUGACUCUGAAAAUUGGGAAAAUAACCUUGUCAGUCCUUUCCCCUAAAAUUGGUAAUUUGGUAUUCCUAUCCCACUUGGAUAUUAAAGGCAAUCACUUGAAAUUUCCAGCUGAACUUGGUGAAUGUAGAUCUCUGAAGCGGACUGGUUUCACUGUAGAGGACACCUUGUUUGAAACGUUGCCUUCUGAUGUCAGGGAACAAAUGAAAGCUGAAUAACUAACUUCCUCUUGCUCAGUUUUACAGAAAUAAUGCUUCUACCAAAUAUGCUGUAGAAAGUGCAUACUUUGGAAUAUGCAUUUAGUUUGUGAUUAUUUUUUUUCUUUUUCAAAAAGUCCUUUCUGUACAAAGCAAUUUGGAGUAAGGAGUACAUAUAUUUUUAAUAAAAUUUUCUCGUAUUU